AUGCACCGGGAGCUGAUCGGAAAGCGCUUUGGGUCCCGGGUGCGCGGGCGUGCUGGGACGCGCGGUGGCCGUGGCCAGGGCCGGCGCCAGGCCGCCGGCAAGGCCAACACCGGGGCCACCCCCGGCGGCGGCUGGGCCUACCUCCUGCACCCGAGCCCCGAGCUGUGGACCGUGUCGCUGCCGCACCGCACCCAGAUCCUCUAUGUGGCGGACAUUUCCUUCAUCACCAUGCAGCUGAACAUCCAGCCCGGCAGUGUGGUGGUCGAGUCGGGCACCGGAUCCGGGUCCUUCAGCCACUCGCUGGCACGCACGGUCGGCCCGACCGGGCACCUGCACACCUUCGAGUAUCAUGCCCAGCGUGCCGAGCUGGCGGCCGAGGAGUUUGCGCGCCAUGGCCUGGCCGACCGGGCCACGGUGCGCUGCCGCGAUGUCUGCGAGCUCGGCUUCACGGAGGAGCUUCGUGGCCAGGCGGACGCCGUCUUCCUGGACCUGCCGUCCCCCUGGCUGGCCAUCGGCCACGCGCGGGAUGCCCUCAACCCCCGGGUCCCCACGCGCCUGGCCUCCUAUUCCCCCUGCAUGGAGCAGGUCCAGCGGACCUGCCUGGCCCUGCGGGACCUCGGCUUCAGCGAGAUCCGCACCUUCGAGACGCUGAUCCGGCCACAUGCCCUGCGCGGGGCGAGCCAGCGGUCUCUCGAGAGCCUGGCCCGCUAUGGCACCCGCGAGCUGGCCGCCCUGGAGGAGGCCGGCGCUGACUCCGCCAACGCCGAGGCCGUGGCCGCCAUCCAGCAGAAGCUCGACCUGAGCCGGGUCACCGCCGAGCAGGUGGCUCGCGAAACCCAAGUGUCCCUCGGGCCGCAGCUGGUCAUGGGCCAGGAAAUGCGCGGCCAUACCAGUUACCUGACCUUUGCCACCCUCUACCCGGGCCUGUGGUCCGAGGACGCGGCCGCCACCGCCGAGGAGGCUGUCGCUGGCGGCCCGGCCGAGAGCCAGCCAUCGGCUGCUGUCCCGACCGAGGAGCAGCCUGCCCCGGAGCCUGCCGAGGGGGCUGCCACCGCGGCCGCCGCGGCCGCCGGGUCCCCCUCCCCCUCCUCCUCCUCGACCCCGGAGGCGGCCGACGCCUCGGAGUAG